UCUCUUAAUAAUAUGGAGACAAAUACGAAGGAAACAAAUGGGAUGGAUCUAUUAGGAGUUCCUAGACAUGGUCACAGAAUGUCAUUUAUGGAGGAGGAGAGUAUAAAAGAAAGAAUGAGAUUGUCUCUCUUGAAGCAGUGUUCCGCUAUCUUGAAACAAGGGGAUGAGAGGUACAACAAGGAGUCCCUGCAUCGCGCCUUUCAAGAUGAGGAUUUACUCGAGAGAAUAUUCCGUUUGUUCGACCUGGAAAGACGAGACCACCUGGUGCAAGAGGACUGGAUCCAGUUCCUGAAGGAGCGACUCAUAGAAGACAAACAACUGGACUUCGUAGAGCAAGUUGAGAGCGUAGCGUACGUGCUCUGCGGAGAUGGAGUGAUCACGCUUGACACUUUCCAACUGAUACUGAAGAACAAAGUGGUAACGAAUAAACUCUUAAGGGUUGUCGACACGGACGGGGACGGUUACGUCACAGCUGAAGAGAUUAUGGAGUUCAUUUCGUCUGUAUCCAGUUGCAGCCCACGCGUGGGCAUCGAUAAAGCCAGCGUGGAUCGCUUAGAGCAACUAUUUAAGCAGACAGCGGGAGACCAGAAGGAGAUCACAAGGGAGCAGUUCCAAAAGAUUGUGGUCUCAAAGAAUCCUUUCUUCACUGAGAGAGUUUUCCAAAUCUUCGACGAAGACAACUCCGGGACGAUCUCUCACCACGAGUUCAUAGAGGCGGUGCAUAGGUUCGGCAGGCAGACGCCGGAGGACAAGAUACGGUUCCUGUUCAAAGUUUACGAUCUAGAUGGCGACGGCCUCAUCCAGCACCGCGAGCUGCAGCACGUGAUGCGCGCCUGCAUGCACGAGAACGGCAUGACGUUCUCCGAGCCGCAGCUGCAGGAGCUCACGCGCGCCAUGUGCGACGACGCGGCGCUCACCUACGAGGCGCUGCGCGAGCUGCUGCGGCGCCACGACGGCCUGCUGGAGAACCUCUCCAUCAGUAUAGAUCGUUGGCUGGUACCGCCAAACCCGAAACCUGAACCGAUGACCCUCUGCCAAAGACUAAAGAAGAUGAAGCCCUACCAACUCUCGCUGCCGUACUUCAAGAACAACUACGUUUACCUCACUUAUUUGUUCCUGUUCUUCCUCGUCAACUUCGGUCUGUUCGUAGCAAGGAUCGUGGAGUACUGGGAUUCUAACAUUUAUGUUAUAUUUGCGAGGGCUUGUGGCCAGUGCCUGAACUUCACGAGCGCCUGGGUGCUGGUGCUGAUGCUGCGGCGCUGCAUCACGGCGCUGCGCGAGCGCGGGCUGGGCGCGGCGCUGCCGCUGGACCAGCACGUGUACCUGCACAAGCUCACCGGCGUGCUGGUCGCGCUCUACAGCGCCGCGCACACCGCCAUGCACCUCUGCAACUUCAGUCUAAUAGUGGUUAACGAUCCAGUCAUCAAUUCCCAAAACUACACUAUAGCGGAGUGGGUGUUCACGAGUAAACCAGGACUGUUCGGCUUAUGCGGGGGUUGUGCUAAUCCUACUGGAAUAUUGUUGUGUAUUGUUCUGUUUGGACUGUCCAUCUCGUCUAGACCCGCUUUGAGGAAAGGUGGGUGUUUUGAGGUGUUCUACUUCUGUCACCUGUUGUACAUUCCCUUCUGGAUCCUUCUCAUCUUCCACGCUCCUAACUUCUGGAAAUGGUUCAUCGUGCCUGGCGUCAUUUACUUAAUUGAAAGGAUAAUGAGAUUGGCAUGGAUGAGGUCGGAGCGCGGCCGCUCGUACAUCUCGUCGGGCGCGCUGCUGCCGUCGCGCGUCACGCACGUGCAGGUGCGCCGCCCGCCGCUGUUCCACUUCCACGCCGGCGACUUCGUGUUCGUCAACGUGCCGGCCGUCGCGGCGCACGAGUGGCACCCCUUCACCAUCAGCAGCGCGCCCGAGCAGCCCGACUACAUCUGGCUUCACAUACGUGGAGUGGGCGAGUGGACAAAUCGCUUGUACGAGUACUUCGAAGAGGAGCAAAAGAGACUCAACGCGAGCGAGGAAGUGAUACACGAAAAAGUAACGCGCAGUGGUUCAGGUCAGAGCAACAGAAGCAGGAGACGGAGUUCGAGUUCGAGCAAGAAGCGUUCCGUCGACUUCUCGCCUCUCGCCUACACCAACGAGGCCUUUACUAUUGAGGAAGAAAAUGAACACAGCUUCCCUGCGUUUUCUCCGCCGCCAUUAUUGACAAGGCCAUCGUUUCUCUCUCCGCUGAGGUUUUUGGAGAAAUCUCGUUCGAUGCCAGACGUCAGAAACGACAAGAAGGUCAGCACACCGCCGUCAUUAGAAUCUAUUGAUAACUCUAAGGGUGCUGGAGUUGACAAUAUAUCUCCCAUUUUCUUUAGGGAAACUGCAACAGUGAUUGAUCAGCCUCUUCACUAUCUUUAUAAUAAAUGUGUAUCUGAUGGUAUUUUCCCAAAAAUAUGGAAAAGCGCUAGGAUUGUCCCUGUAUAUAAGAGUGGUUUAAAAAGUGAUAUAGAGAACUAUAGGCCUAUAUCCAUUCUACCGGUUCUCUCUAAGGUCUUUGAGAGACUAGUCCACAAUGCUAUAUAUCCUUUCAUGCACAAUAAUAUCCUACAGCAGCAGCACGGUUUCGUAAAAAGACGGUCGACUAUAACAAAUCUGUUGACCUAUACAACUGAUUUAUUUGAUGGACUUGAUGCAAACACCCAAAUCGAUAGUAUCUACACUGAUUUCCGCAAGGCGUUUGAUCGAGUGGACCAUCGUAUACUGCUGGAAAAAAUUGUUUAUAAUGGUAUAAGAGGAAAUCUUUGGAGGUGGCUUAAAUCUUACAUCUCUAAUAGAACACAGAGGGUGGUGGUUGGUGGUUAUGAAUCAUCUACAUCAAGUGUGAGCUCAGGCGUCCCUCAUGGAUCUAUCUUGGGUCCGUUACUGUUUGUCAUUUUCAUAAACGAUAUUAACAAAUGCUUCCCUAAUAGUAAAUUUCUUCUUUACGCUGAUGACUUAAAAAUAUAUCGAAAAAUAAACAUUUACCAAGACCACGAGUUGCUUCAGGAAGAUUUGGAUAGAUUCACCACCUACUGCUAUGAAAAUAAAUUGGAACUUAGCCUCAAUAAAUGCAAAAGCAUAAGCUUUACUAAGAGAAAAACGGUAAGCAUUUUCACGUAUUCCCUCUGUGACACAGAUAUUGUUAAAGUACAAAAUAUAAGAGACCUAGGUGUAACCCCCCGCGACGUGCACCGCUCGGAGUCCGAGCGCCAGUUCGGCGCCUCGGCGCUGGGGCGGGCGGCCGCGCUGUGCCCGCCCGCCCCGCCGCCCCAGGCGCGGGCGCUGGCGCACAGCUUCCGCUACAUGCGCACCAAGCCCGCCAUCGUCGCCUGCCGCCCGCCCGACGAGCGCCGCCGCUCCAACGAGAGCAUCCUGAGCCUUGCGAGACGCCGUUUAUCAAAAAGCCUGUCUGUAGAGCGUGACGUAGAAUCAAAUGAGAAACCUUGCCCUAACGAAACGACCGAGUCGAUCGCUGAAGAACCAGCUACAAACUACCCUGUUGGAAAACCGUUGGAGAUAUAUAUAGACGGCCCGUACGGGGCAGCGUCCUCGCACAUCUUCCACGCACAACACGCGGUCCUCAUCGCCGCCGGCAUCGGAGUGACGCCCUUCGCGUCCAUCCUGCAGGCCAUCAUGUACCGCUACUGGAGAGGGCGCGCCACUUGCCCCAAGUGCGCCCACACCUUCACCGCCGAGCUGCCGCAGUACCAGGGCGACAUGAGCCUGAGGAAGGUGGACUUCUUCUGGAUCAACCGCGAGCAGCGCUCGUUCGAGUGGUUCGUGUCGCUGCUGUCGCAGCUGGAGAUCGAGCAGGCGGAGGCGGGCGCGCGCUUCCUGGAGAUGCACAUGUACAUCACCAGCGCGCUGCAGCGCACCGACAUGCGCGCCGUGGGGCUGCAGCUGGCGCUGGACCUGCUGCACGAGAAGGAAAAACGUGACCUCAUAACUGGCUUGAAGACCAGAACGAAUGCAGGUCGUCCGAACUGGGACAAGGUCUUCCAGAGGUUACAAGAACAGCGUAAAGGGAAGAUCACAGUGUUCUACUGCGGACCUCCACAACUGGCGCGGGUCUUGAGAGUUAAGUGUGACCAGUUCGGGUUUAGCUUUAGGAAAGAAGUAUUUUAG